GCAUGUGCAUGUGCACCUCAGACAUUGAACGUAGGCUGACUCUUAACGCACAAGAGAUCCCAUAAAAUCCCCCAGGAUCCCCUAGCUGACAAACGAACGCACAAUGAACUUCACCCCGUUCGGCAACACCUUUCCCGGAAAUAUUCCCGGCCUGCCGCAGUUCACGACGAGCACGGCGCCCCUGGUUUCCACGGUGACUGCGGCGGUGACGGAUGUGACCGUGACUGCCACCAACAAUCCGCAGCAGCAACAGCAGCAAGAUGCCGCCGGCAGCAGCAAUCGCUACCAGCAGCAACAGGUAGCGCAUUUCCAGGCCAACAUGACAGCGGGCCAGGGAACCAGUGGCAGUAACAAGUUCCGUGGCGGUCAGGACGAUGGUAUCCAGGGUGAUAAGUACAAUGGCCACUUGGUGGCUUCCUCCCAGCAACAGCAGCAGCAGCAACAGCAGCAGCAGCAGACGCAAUAUGCAACUGUUGCGUAUGCAAGCGCAACAGCUACGAGUGCCGCAGCGGAUGCCCUGCAGGCGGGAACUUCCGGCCAGCAGCAACAGCAGCAGAUGCAACAGCAACAGGUCACCGCCCCACAGGAACUCACCCAAGAUCUGUGCAACGCCAUCCUGCAGCAACAAGUACUCCAGAAUACCUCGUGGCAAACGCUGACGCCGGGAACCACCGUCGCCGACUACCUCUCGCAUCUUCCAGCCAACACGUUGCCCCUGUCGCUGCACCACUUCCUCAAGUAUUCCGCGGAGACGAUCAAGAAGGAGAACCAGCAGAAUGUGGUACUGCAGGUGCAGACGGGACCAGCCAUUGGGAUCAACACCCUGGGCACGACAACCAUUAGUAUACCUCAGCAGGAGCAGCUGACGCUGCAGCCGCAGCAGCAGCAGCAGACGACGUUGCAGGUGCAGACGCAGGCGGCGGUCACGGCGACGGCGACGACGGCGGCAGCGACGACGACCGCCGGAACUUCCGGCAAGAAGAAGAAGCGCAAAAAGCGGAGCAAGGACCGGAAGCCGAAGCUGCGACCGGGGGAGAUUCGUCUGGGAACGGCACUCGACGGCAGCCCGCUGUACAUGUGUCCCGAAUGCCAUGUGGCCUAUCCGGAACCGGAGCUGCUGGAGGUGCACCUGGUGGGCCACAACCUGGAGAAGCGGUACGUCUGCGACAUCUGCCAGGCGUCGCUGAAGCGCAAGGAUCACCUCACCCGCCACAAACAGUCGCACAAUCCGGAGAGACCCUACAUCUGCACCGUCUGCCUGAAGGCCUUCAAGCGGAAGGAGCAGCUGAGCCUGCACUUCGUGAUCCACUCGGGGGAGAAGCGGCACCAGUGCGGCGAGUGCGGAAAGGGCUUCUACCGCAAGGAUCACCUGCGCAAACACACCCGCUCCCAUAUCGCCCGCCGGGUCAAGGCCGAGCUAAAUAGCCAUGUGCGACGCGAAAAUGGAACCAGCAUGCUGCAACCGGUGGUCACGGAGGCAACUACGGCGGCCCUGCAGCACGCCAAUCAACUGGCCACCGCGCAGCAACAGCUGCAACAGCAGCAGCAGCAACAACAGCAGCAACAACAGCAGCAGCAACAUCACAUUGUGAUCACCCAGCAGCAACAAGCACCGCAGCAGCAGCAACAGACUACGCAGCAGCAACAGCAGCAAAUGAUAAAUUAGCCAAAUGAUUUUUGUAAAGUCAGUUAAAGCAAAAUUCAAUUUAGUCUCAUCUAGGCCCUCAAGGGCUUGGCUGCUCAAAAACAAAACUCUCUCGGUCCACACAAUUUAAUUGACUCUCACAAAUCGGAUAAUACAAACUGGAGGAUGUUAGCUAAUGUCUUCGAGGAUUUCCCCAUGGGAAUAUUCUCAACGUUGUACAAGUUUAAUCGUAAGUUCGCGAUGAUGUUGGGGACCUUCCACAAUCGAAAGCACUCUCACUGGGAUAAAGCUAAAGGGAUUUUGAUCUUCCGGAUAUUGUUCUACCUGAAUUUCAUUUUACUUCCUAAAUUUAGUGGAAUUUAAUUGAUAUCUUAAGAUUAUAAAAUCUAAUAAAUGUCUGAAGUUUUUAUUUUUUUAUAUCUGGUUAAAUCACGAUUUAGUUAAUUUAGAUCUGUUGAACGGAAAACUUUAAGAAUUACAAAAUAA